CGGACUCCUUUCUGCGGCGGAGGGAUCCACGGCGGAGGCGGCUACGGCCGUAGCCGCUGCCUGAGAGUUGUUGUUUCCUCCUCCUCCUCCUCCGCCUCCGCCGCCGUUGCUUGAAUGGUGGAGCCGAGGCUCGGCUCGUGAACACACACUGACAGCUAUAGGGCAGGCGGCGGCACCAUCCCCGCUUCCCCUCGGCGGCGGGGUGUCCCGCCGGCGGCCCCGAAGUGACCCAUAAACAUGUCUUGUGAGAGGAAAGGCCUCUCGGAGCUGCGAUCGGAGCUCUACUUCCUCAUCGCCCGGUUCUUGGAAGAUGGACCUUGUCAGCAGGCGGCUCAGGUGCUGAUCCGCGAGGUGGCCGAGAAGGAGUUGCUGCCCCGGCGCACCGACUGGACCGGGAAGGAGCAUCCCAGGACCUACCAGAAUCUGGUGAAGUAUUACAGACAUCUAGCACCUGAUCACUUGCUGCAAAUAUGUCAUCGACUAGGACCACUUCUUGAACAAGAAAUUCCUCAAAGUGUUCCUGGAGUACAAACUUUAUUAGGAGCUGGAAGACAGUCCUUGCUACGUACAAAUAAAAGUUGCAAGCAUGUUGUAUGGAAAGGAUCUGCUCUGGCUGCAUUGCAUUGUGGAAGACCACCUGAGUCACCAAUUAACUAUGGUAGCCCACCCAGCAUUGCGGAUACACUGUUUUCAAGGAAGCUGAAUGGGAAAUAUAGACUUGAGCGACUUGUUCCAACUGCAGUAUAUCAGCACAUGAAGAUGCAUAAACGAAUUCUUGGACACUUGUCAUCUGUGUACUGUGUAACUUUUGACCGUACUGGCAGACGUAUAUUUACUGGUUCUGAUGAUUGCCUUGUGAAAAUCUGGGCAACAGAUGAUGGGAGAUUAUUAGCUACUUUAAGAGGACAUGCUGCUGAAAUAUCAGACAUGGCUGUAAACUAUGAGAAUACCAUGAUAGCAGCUGGAAGUUGUGAUAAAAUGAUCCGAGUCUGGUGCCUUCGAACCUGUGCACCUUUGGCAGUUCUUCAGGGUCACAGUGCAUCUAUUACAUCACUACAGUUCUCACCAUUGUGCAGUGGCUCAAAGAGAUAUCUAUCUUCUACUGGAGCAGAUGGCACUAUUUGUUUUUGGCUCUGGGAUGCUGGAACUCUUAAAAUAAACCCAAGACCUGCAAAAUUUACAGAGCGCCCUCGACCUGGAGUUCAAAUGAUCUGUUCUUCUUUUAGUGCUGGUGGAAUGUUUCUGGCCACAGGGAGCACAGAUCAUAUUAUUAGAGUUUAUUUUUUUGGAUCAGGUCAGCCAGAGAAAAUAUCAGAAUUGGAGUUUCAUACUGACAAAGUUGACAGUAUCCAGUUUUCCAACACUAGUAACAGGUUUGUAAGCGGUAGUCGGGAUGGGACAGCACGUAUUUGGCAGUUUAAACGAAGAGAAUGGAAGAGCAUUUUGUUGGAUAUGGCAACUCGUCCAGCAGGCCAAAAUCUUCAAGGAAUAGAAGAUAAGAUCACAAAAAUGAAAGUAACUAUGGUUGCUUGGGAUCGACAUGACAAUACAGUUAUAACUGCAGUUAAUAAUAUGACUCUGAAAGUUUGGAAUUCUUACACUGGUCAACUUAUCCAUGUCCUGAUGGGUCAUGAAGAUGAGGUAUUUGUUCUUGAGCCACAUCCAUUUGAUCCUAGAGUUCUCUUUUCUGCUGGUCAUGACGGAAAUGUGAUAGUGUGGGAUCUAGCAAGAGGAGUCAAAAUUCGAUCUUAUUUCAAUAUGAUUGAAGGCCAAGGACAUGGUGCAGUAUUUGACUGCAAAUGCUCUCCUGAUGGUCAGCAUUUUGCAUGCACAGACUCUCACGGACAUCUUUUAAUUUUUGGCUUUGGGUCCAGUAGCAAAUAUGACAAGAUAGCAGAUCAGAUGUUCUUUCAUAGUGAUUAUCGGCCUCUUAUCCGUGAUGCCAACAAUUUUGUAUUAGAUGAACAGACUCAGCAGGCACCCCAUCUCAUGCCUCCACCAUUUUUGGUUGAUGUUGAUGGUAACCCUCAUCCAUCAAGAUAUCAAAGAUUAGUUCCUGGUCGUGAAAACUGUAGAGAGGAGCAGCUCAUCCCGCAGAUGGGGGUCACUUCCUCAGGAUUAAACCAAGUUUUAAGUCAGCAAGCAAACCAGGAAAUCAGUCCCCUGGACAGCAUGAUUCAAAGACUACAACAAGAACAAGACCUCAGACGUUCUGGUGAAGCAGGUAUUGGUAACACCAGUCGCUUAAGUAGAGGAUCUGUAAGUUCUACCUCAGAGGUUCAUUCACCACCAAAUGUAGGACUAAGACGUAGUGGACAAAUUGAAGGUGUACGGCAAAUGCAYAGCAAUGCACCAAGGAGUGAGAUAGCCACAGAGCGGGAUCUUGUAGCAUGGAGUCGAAGGGUGGUAGUACCUGAGCUGUCAGCUGGUGUAGCCAGUCGGCAGGAAGAAUGGCGGACUGCAAAGGGAGAAGAAGAAAUAAAGACUUAUAGGUCAGAAGAAAAAAGGAAACACUUAACUGUUGCAAAAGAGAAUAAAAUACUUAGUGUUUCAAAGAAUCAUGCUCAUGAGCAUCUCCUGGAUCUUGGGGAAUCCAAAAAGCAACAAGCAAAUCAACAUAAUUAUCGUACAAGAUCUGCACUGGAAGAGACUCCUAGACCAUUGGAGGAGAUAGAAAAUGGCACUAGUUCUUCAGAUGAAGGUGAAGUGGUUGCUGUCAGUGGUGGAACUUCUGAAGAAGAAGAGAGAGCAUGGCACAGUGAUGGCAGUUCUAGUGACUACUCCAGUGAUUAUUCUGACUGGACAGCAGAUGCAGGAAUUAAUUUACAACCACCAAAGAAAGUUCCCAAGCAUAAAACCAAGAAAGCAGAAAGCAGUUCAGAUGAUGAAGAGGAAUCAGAAAAACAGAAGCAAAAACAUAUUAAAAAGGAAAAGAAAAAAGUAAAUGAAGAAAAAGAUGGAGCAACAUCACCAAAGAAAAAGAAACCCAAAGAAAGAAAACAAAAGAGAUUGGCUGUGGGAGAACUAACUGAAAAUGGUUUGACAUUAGAAGAAUGGUUACCAUCAACAUGGAUUACAGAUACUAUUCCCCGAAGAUGUCCAUUUGUGCCACAGAUGGGUGAUGAGGUUUAUUAUUUCCGACAAGGACAUGAAGCAUAUGUUGAAAUGGCCCGGAAAAAUAAAAUUUAUAGUAUCAAUCCUAAAAAACAACCAUGGCAUAAAAUGGAACUACGGGAACAAGAACUGAUGAAAAUAGUUGGCAUAAAAUAUGAAGUGGGAUUACCUACCCUUUGCUGCCUUAAACUUGCUUUUCUGGAUCCUGAUACUGGUAAACUGACUGGUGGAUCGUUUACCAUGAAAUACCAUGAUAUGCCUGAUGUUAUAGAUUUCCUAGUCUUGAGACAACAAUUUGAUGAUGCCAAAUAUAGGCGGUGGAACAUAGGUGACCGUUUCAGAUCAGUCAUAGAUGAUGCUUGGUGGUUUGGAACAAUUGAAAGCCAGGAACCUCUUCAGCCUGAGUACCCUGAUAGUUUGUUUCAGUGCUAUAAUGUUUGCUGGGACAAUGGAGAUACAGAAAAGAUGAGUCCUUGGGAUAUGGAGCUUAUACCUAAUAAUGCUGUAUUUCCGGAAGAACUAGGUACCAGUGUUCCCUUAACUGAUGUUGAAUGCAGAUCAUUAAUCUAUAAACCUCUUGAUGGAGAAUGGGGUACCAAUACCAGGGAUGAAGAAUGUGAAAGAAUUGUUGCAGGAAUAAACCAGUUGAUGACACUAGAUAUUGCUUCAGCAUUUGUGGCCCCUGUGGAUCUGCAAGCUUAUCCCAUGUACUGCACUGUAGUGGCAUAUCCAACGGAUCUAAGUACAAUUAAACAAAGACUGGAAAACAGGUUUUACAGGCGUGUUUCUUCCCUGAUGUGGGAAGUUCGAUAUAUAGAGCAUAACACACGAACAUUUAAUGAGCCGGGAAGCCCAAUUGUGAAAUCUGCCAAAUUUGUGACUGAUCUUCUUCUACAUUUUGUAAAGGAUCAAACUUGUUAUAACAUAAUUCCACUUUAUAAUUCAAUGAAGAAGAAGGUUUUGUCCGACUCUGAGGAAGAAGAGAAAGAUGCUGAUGUGCCAGGAACUUCUACCCGAAAAAGGAAGGACCAUCAGCCUAGAAGAAGAUUACGUAAUAGAGCUCAGUCUUAUGAUAUUCAAGCAUGGAAGAAACAAUGUCAGGAAUUGUUAAAUCUCAUAUUUCAGUGUGAAGAUUCAGAGCCUUUUAGACAGCCAGUAGAUCUCCUUGAAUAUCCAGACUACAGGGACAUCAUCGACACUCCAAUGGAUUUUGCUACUGUUAGAGAAACCUUAGAAGCUGGGAAUUAUGAGUCACCAAUGGAGUUAUGUAAAGAUGUCAGACUUAUUUUUAGUAAUUCCAAAGCGUAUACACCAAGCAAAAGAUCAAGGAUUUACAGCAUGAGUUUGCGCCUAUCUGCUUUCUUUGAAGAACAUAUUAGUUCAGUUUUAUCAGAUUAUAAAUCUGCUCUGCGUUUUCAUAAAAGAAAUACUAUAACCAAGAGGAGGAAGAAAAGAAACAGAAGUAGUUCUAUUUCCAGUAGUGCCGCAUCAAGCCCUGAAAGGAAGAAAAGGAUUGUAAAACCCCAGUUAAAGUCAGAAAUCUCUACCUCUCCAUUCUCUACACCUACACGAUCAGUACCACCAAGGCAUAAUGCUGCUCAGAUAAAUGGUAAAACAGAAUCCAGUUCUGUGGUUCGAACCAGAAGCAACCGAGUAAUUAUAGAUCCAGUUAUCACUACUGAGCAACCAUCUACUUCAUCAGCUGCAAAGAAUUUUAUUCCAAAAGCUAAUACAUCUGCAGUGCCAGGGAAAACAAUACUAGAAAAUUCUGUGAAACAUUCCAAAACCUUGAAUACUCUUUCGAGUCCUGGUCAAUCCACUUUUAGUCCUGGCACUAGGAAUAAUACUGCAAAAGAAAACGUGGAAAGGGAAAAACCCAUCAAACGUAAAAUGAAAUCAUCUGUACUCUCAAAGGCAUCCACUCUUUCAAAGUCAUCAUCUGAACAAGGAGAUUGUAAGAACAAUGCUCUUGUACCAGGAACCAUUCAAGUAAAUGGCCAUGGAGGACAGCCAUCAAAACUUGUGAAGAGGGGACCUGGAAGGAAACCUAAGGUAGAAGUCAAUACCAAUAGUGGUGAAAUUAUACACAAGAAAAGGGGUAGAAAGCCCAAAAAGCUACAGUAUGCAAAGGCAGAAAAUUCAGAGCAAAAUAACAUGCAUCCCAUCAGAGAUGAAGUGGUUCCUUCUUCAACAUGCAAUUUUCUUUCUGAAAGUAAUAUGGUUAAGGAGGAUUUGUUACAGAAAAAGAGUCGUGGAGGCAGAAAACCCAAAAGGAAGAUGAAAACACAAAAACUAGAUUCAGAUCUUAUAGUUCCUGCAAAUGUUAAAAUGCUAAGGAGAAGUAACCGAAAAAAGACUGAUGAUCCUGUUAUAGAUGAAGAAGAAGAGUUUGAAGAGCUCAAAAGCUCUGAACCCCACAUGAGAACUAGAAACCAAGGUCGAAGGACAGCUUUCUAUAAUGAGGAUGACUCGGAAGAGGAGCAAAGGCAGCUGUUGUUUGAAGACACYUCUUUGACUUUUGGAACUUCUAGUAGAGGACGAGUCCGAAAGUUGACUGAAAAAGCAAAAGCAAAUUUAAUUGGUUGGUAACUUGAACCAAAAUAUUUUACUUCAAAAUCUAUAAAACAGGUACAGUUAAGGAAUAAGUAGAGCUAACACUUCUGCUUCCUUGCUGCUAUGGUGGAUUAGGGAAUGUUAUGAUU